UCUAAUUCCUGAAGCCGCUGUCCUGCCCCAGUCAAAGUUCAGUUUCACUUUGAGGAAUGCGGCGUCCGACUAGUUGCCGUGUAGGUCUGAACAUGCGUAGUUAUUGCCCCGCACAAUGUUUGCGGAGUGAAAAGUUGCAGUGUCAUGUUGGUGUAUAUUCCUCCUCCCCCAACACCAGCACCACCAACAGCACUACAGCCUUUGGACGUCGGCCCUCAGCGACUCAGAGCACCGACGAAGUUCACAAGUGCACAUUUGUCCCUUUGACGUGGAGGACGAGAUAUCAGCGGGUUUCCUGGUAGGACGGAGAGAUCCGUGCAGAGAAACACCGGCGAACACUUAUCGUGCUGACUGGGCAAGUCUUGCGUAACUUGUUUGAGUUGGCUUCUGUGUGAAUGCGCCCCGUUCUCUUGCGACGAGGAGUUUGAGCGGCUGCCGACCAGGUGUUUUUGUAGGUAAGUGAAUCUGCAGCUGUUGGAGAAUAAAACCAGCGCGGACGCGCCCUUCGGUUGGGGGGAGAGAGGAAUGGGGGAUCGCUGUGAUGUGUUUAAAGACGGUUCUCGAUAAGCAUCACAUGAGUUGAAGAAGAAUCCCUGCUAUGAUACAACUGAUUGCAGUUGCACACAUGUGCCAACCGCUUCCUUUUUUCAUGUAAAAACGCUAAAUGGCAGAAGACGUUGGAAAACGUCAGAAUGGACUACUUUGAAAAGCCUGAAUUCUUUCAAAUCCGGACCAAAAGUAAUUUCAUGAUCGUUGCUUUUGCUUUGGGAACUGUGUGACACAAAUAUUGUCAGUCAUGUCAGAUGGGGCAGGAUACGUGGCUGAGCGAGCCUUAUGUGGUUCACCGUCAGUUUACAAAUACGGUUCCUUGCUGUAUUUCUGCAGAGAAACGCAUGACUUGAGCUUAAUUUUUGCAGCAUCUGGACAUCUUACUUCGCCUGCUGGCUGUAGCAGUGAUCACCGAUGGAAUGUACUAUUACGCAGGGGGUUGUCGACAUGCUAAAAGACUAUUUUUGUGUUGAAUGUUUUUUGGCAAAAUGGAGGAACUGAGGAUACUUGCACACUGUAGCCUUUACCUACUGAUGAGUUGAAGACCAAAGGAACUUUCUCUGUUGAAAGUUUGAAUCCAAUGGGAUAAGAACUAAAAACGUUUGACUGUAAAAGACUGUAUCACUGAAAAACUAGAUCUAAAGUGCUUUCUCCCCAUAAUGCACUGCCCUAAAAAGAAGAAACGUCCAACAUGCGACUCAGAUUUCUCAGCUAUUGUGGUUCCCUCUAUGCGUGGGUCUGGAUAUCUUGACUACACCGUCGAGAACCAUGCUUCAAGGGCCCUGAAGGCCAUGGAUGAGUUCCGGCAGAACGAACUGCUGUGUGAUCUGGUGCUGCAUGUCACAUACAAGGAGAGGACAGUCGACUUCAAGGUUCACAAAGUUGUGCUGGCCUCCUGUAGCUUCUACUUCAGAGCCAUGUUUACCAGCAGCUUCAAGGAGUGUCACGCUUCGGAGGUCACCCUGCGUGAUGUCUGCCCUGAGGUGGUCGGGAGACUUAUUGACUUUGCCUACACCUCUCACAUAACAGUGGGAGAAAAGUGUGUAUUGCAUGUGCUUUUGGCUGCUAUGAGGUAUCAGAUUGAGGAUGUGGCAAAGGCAUGCUGCGAUUAUCUGAUUAAACACCUAGAGCCAGCUAACGUCAUUGGUAUCUCCCGCUUCGCUGAGGAGAUCGGUUGCACAGAACUGCAUCAACAGAGUCGGGAGUACAUCAAUACACACUUCAGUGAGGUGACCAAAGAAGAGGAAUUCUUCAGUCUUACUCACUGCCAGCUGCUGGAGCUCAUCAGUCAGGACAGUCUCAAGGUGCUCUGUGAGUCUGAGGUGUAUAAAGCCUGCACAGACUGGGUACGCUGGGAUAUGGAGAGCAGAGCCCCCUAUUUGCAUGCCCUCUUGAAUGCAGUUCACAUCUAUGCGUUGCCGCCUAAGUUCCUGAAGAACCAGCUGCUGUCCUGUCCCAUCCUCAGCAAGGCUAAUUCCUGUAAGGACUUCCUGUCCAAAAUCUUCCAGGAUAUGACCCUGAGGAAGCUUCCUCCUGCUCCUAAUCGGGGAACUCAGUUUAUCUACGUGGCCGGCGGAUACCGGCAGCAUUCUCUGGCAUCCAUGGAGGCCUACGAUCCAAGGAGGAAUAUUUGGAUAAAACUGGCUGACAUGGGGACGCCAUGCAGUGGUCUGGGAGCCUGCACACUGUUUGGACUGCUCUACACUGUUGGAGGCAGAAACCUGUCGCUUCAAACCAACACAGAGUCCAACGCCCUGAGCUGCUACAACCCCAUGACCAACCAGUGGAGCCAGCGAGCCUCCCUCAACAUCCCCAGGAACCGGGUCGGGGUGGGCGUGGUGGAUGGCUGCGUCUAUGCUGUCGGAGGCUCCCAGGGCUCGAUACACCACAACACGGUGGAAAAGUGGGAUCCCGAGUCUAAUCGCUGGACCUUUGUUUGUCCAAUGUCGGUUGCUCGCCUGGGAGCCGGCGUGGCGGUGUGCGGGGGGGCCCUGUAUGUAGUCGGGGGCUAUGAUGGACAGAACCGCUGGAACACAGCUGAGAAAUAUCAGCCUGACACUAACACCUGGCAACAGCUGGCUCCCAUGAAUACUAUACGCAGCGGACUAGGUUUGGUGUGUGUGAACUCUUACCUGUAUGCUAUAGGAGGCUAUGAUGGGCAGAGCCAGCUGGCCACUAUGGAACGCUACAACAUAGCCAGGAAUACGUGGGAGCCGAGGGCCUCGAUGCAGUACUCUCGCAGCGCACAUGGAGUCACUGUCCACCAGGGACGCAUCUUCGUCUUCGGAGGUUUUAACCAACACGGCUUUCUGUCCAGCGUUGAAUGCUACUGUCCCGAUAGAAAUGAAUGGACAUGUGUCACAGACAUGCCCGUUGGACGCAGCGGCAUGGGCGUCGCUGUUACCAUGGAGCCCUGUCCCGGGAGCCUGCCUGAGGAAGAUGAAGAAGAGGGAGACGCCAUGGGAUGAGGAUGGAAUCUGUUGAAGUCUCAAGUGCUGAAUACACUUCCAAGUGGUGCUGCUUUUCAACAGGGGGCUGUGCAUUAAAUGACAAUAUUUCCAAAUAAAAACGGCUAUCCCCCCACCCGAACUGAUCUCGGUUGCACUGUGGAACACUGCAGAUAUUGACUAUAUGGGGACUUUGAAGAGGAAGGAAUAUAUUUCUACAUCUGCUGGGGAUCAAGUGAUGCAGUCAGUAUAUGAUCGCGGCCUUGCAAUCAACAAGGUGCUACUGAAUGAAUUACUAUUUAAUUAAAUAUUGUUCUUAACUUCUUUUUAACUCCUCAGUGUUUUGUUUAGAAGGCGAACUUAUUUCUAGUUCCUCUCUACAUUUGACUUCUUCAUUUUGUUUCACCCAAAGCUGCCUUUUUGUUUUUAAAAAUUUUUUUUUGCAAUUAGUACACUCUGUUUCUGAAAAUAAAUAAAUCAAAUGUGUAAAUGGCAAAAAUAUUAAUCAUUUGCAUUUCCUCAUUUGCCAAUUUGUUUCACUUCUUGUGUUCUCAUCGGGGACUCGUGCAGCUGCGGUAGGUAACAGCAGAUGCACCACCACUAGAUGGUGGAAUAGGUCCAAUAAAAACUGUGCACCGCAACAAAAAUGUCUUCUCUGGAUGGACGUGCAAACGAACUCCUGUGACACUGACAGUUUAGAUAUGACAAAGGCUUUUUGGCUCUAAAUCGACAUACAGCCACCCGCCCAGGACUAAGGUAUGCGAGCACUACGAGGAAUAAUAUCCCACUUUGAUAAAGAGUAUGUGUCCAUGUUUUAUGGCUCACAAUAGUUAGAGCUAACCUCACAAAGCCUUUAUCCCAGCAUUUCACAAGACAAGGCGCUGGAGUCUAUACAGCAUUAGUCAUCGACCACAGACGUCACUUGCGUGUUUACCUAUCUCUGCACUACUGUGCUCUAUCUCCUCCAUGGCUCACCUGCAAUUAUCCCAGCAGGUUACCAAAAAAAAAGACUAUCCCAGACAGAGCUGUUAUUCCAAAACAAUAAUCAUGUUUUCUCAUGAGAUUUAUGAAAAACCAACAAAGGGAAGAAAUAAAAUGUUCACAUGUGUAUUCUGUUGAUUUCCUGAAAUAACAAAUGGACAGGUGAUUAUUGUUCUCAUGUUUGUCUCCCUUUGAAUGGACCUCAGAUGUCAAACUCGCACGCGUUCAUUAUUGACAGAGCAACCUGUUGGGUAAUGAACAGAGAUGGAGUAGGGGCGGAGGGAAAGUGUUGCGCGUCCGGGCCUCAGUGCGAGCGGAGACAUAUGAGGGAGAAGAAUGGCUCUUACUCACUACUUAAACCCCUGCGCCACACCAAGUGAGUCACAUGGCGAACGCAUGACGUAGGAGCCUCAUACACAUUGGAUACACCCGUGUGUGUCCACACCACAAGCGCAAUUCUUUUGCUUUAUCUGUCACACACUCACAUAUGCGUGUGUGUGUGUGGAUACUCAUGCAAAACAAAGCUGGCUGUCUCUCAUUCACAGGCUGUGGAAACAGAUUUGCCUCAAUGUGUUCAUUGUCUCAUGAGGGGAGGGGGAAUAAAGAAAGAGAUGUAGCACUGUACAGCAGGGAGAUUUGUCUCCCAUAGAGAGUUAGUGGAGGAAAAUUAGUACGCACACAGAUACAAGUCCGUCUUUUGCGCGCUCGCUGCACUAACGCCAAACAGUUGCACAACCCCAAGAGGAACUGCUAGGGGAGGGAAUCUCAGUCUGAUAAAACAUGGGUGAUGUGCUCACUGAAAAAGGCAGCUGCAAAGUGAUAAGAACUGUAAAAACUGUUUUGCUCAAUUAUUAUUUUGUCUUUCCCCACCACUAGCACCCAUACCCAGAAAGAGCUGGUGAGGGGUGUCUUUAUUAUGCCAACAAAAUCUACUUUGGCCAUAAAAACAUAGGUCCCAAGCCCUUUAAAAUAAAGGUCCAGAGUUAAGGAAUUUAGUGUUGUGUUGAGAAUGCAGAUUCAUUGUGAAGAACACCUGAACUGAUCAUCAGUCACUGCAUAACAUAGCUGGCAACUGCGCAGCAUGCUGAAGGUCCGUGUUAGAUUAAAGAGUCUACAGGAGCUUAGAAAUGCUUCAAGUAAUGUAACACGGAGCUGUUUCUUUUUUUUAAGUCUGUUCAGGGUGAAGGAAGCCUGAAGGGGCCGAAGCAGCCUGUUCCAUCACUGAGUAUUACAAUAAGGCUUAUCCUGUUGGAUAUGGCUUAUUCGGCCUUAUUCAGAUCCGCACGCAGGCAGGAGGUAGAAUCAAGGCUCUAUAGGAUCUGAAGAGGUGGGGGGCUUUAACGGCAGCGGGCCUGCUGCUAGAUGUGUGUAGGUGUGACCUUGGGAAGUGAUGACCUAAUCAACAUCCCUGCCUGCAAAGCUAAUCUGUUACAUUCUGAAGGAUGCUCCUACGAUGGAGCCAUCCAUGAAGGUGACAUUGGUGAGCGGGCUGGUUGCGUGGAAGCGCACCUCUUAAUGAGGCACGCGCAAACACAUUCAAAUGAGGACUACAAGUGCAUGUGAGUGCUGUCCUCGUGCAUGCAAACACUGCACGCAUAUUAGUCGUGCGAGAAAGAUUCACGUUGAAACACUCAUAAUGAAAGUUGUGAUGUUAAAAACCAUUCGGUUUACAUCAGCUGAUGGCCCAGAUGCGUGCAGCAGGUGUUUUCAGCAUGGUGGUGGUUAAAAGGUCACGCUGCUUUCUCUAAUCUGACCCCAAAUGCUGCAGAUUUUCAGCUCUGAAACAUGAAAUCAUCUAGUUCGC